AAUAUCAAAAUGAAAUUAUAAGUUCCUAAACGAUUCAAAACUUGCUGAAGAGGAGAUUUUAUGUAGAGGAGAUUUUAUGGUUUUAUGUACUGUACAAGUCGCGAGAUGGCCUUUAGCAAUGGGAAACAGAAGGGAGGAACUCUGAUGUGUAAAGAAUUUCGUAGAACGGGUAGCUGUCAGGGACUAAUUUAUAGUCUGACAGUGAGAGUUAGUUAAAAUUUCACUAAGAGACGUCGCAGAGAGAAUGCAUGCGUAGGCCCUCGUAUUGGAAGAAUGUGUUGGUAUAUCCACGACAGAGAACGAGGAUUCGAGAUUGCAGGUGGCAUACCAAGGUAUUUCAAGUAGAGUACUACCGUGCUAUUGCAGAAGAGAUGUGAUACGGAAUCAGCCUCUGUACAAUGGAAUUUUACUUGCUGAGCUGUCAGUUGAUCAACUACCAAGUCACAGAUGGAUAGUCCCAUUUACAUUCAGUAUUUGGGAAGUAAGGAAUGACGUAUGAAGACUACAGGAAUGGUUCACAGCAUUACAGAAAGAAGCAGGGAAAGGAGGAUUAUUGGAAGAGAUGCAGAAUGAGUAUCAUGAAUUAAAACGCUAGUAUGAGAAAUGGAGGUCUCAGUUGCAACAGUUAACAGAAAUACAGAGUGGGGCAAAUAAAAGUGGCCUGGAGAACAAAGUUGCAGGCUAUAAAGAAACACAGCAAAGUAGAGGAAAUACAGUACUAAUCUGACUACAGCACAUGUUGAAAGUGACCACCAUUCAUCUCUUGGCACUUGAUCUCAAAGGACAAUGAUUUGAAAAUAAUGAUGCAGUGAUUGAUGCUGUGAAAAGCUUGGUUGGAUUCGAAAUAGAAUACCUUUUAUUUGAAUGGGUUUCAGAAGUUAUCUGAGCAUGCCCGCAAGUGUAUUAGUGUACACAGGUAUUAUAUUGAAAAUUAAAUUGGUAUUAUGAAAUUUCUGUCAUUUUUUAUGUGUUAGGCUAGAAACUUUUCGACCCCCCCUUGUAUUUGCUGGCAACCUUCUGUGGCACUGAGAUUGCUAAACCCUGCCUCGAUGUGCAUCCUCUGAGCUGACUCAACGAAUGUCAGCUAGAAUCCAACACACAGCUGAAGGAGCAACAACUGAGGCUGGUGUGAAAGAAUGACUACUUGUAAACAAUGAGAAUAAAAGAUUGAACUGUCAUAAUGUUUUACAAGUGUUGUUGAUGCUUCACAGGUUCCCAAAAGUUAUCCUGACUUCAUGCAGAGAUGUCUUCUAUUGGCCUUCUGUAAAAGUCUCAUCAGGUUUUUGAUGACUUCGGCAUAUUUUCAAAGACUGCUGCUGCAAAAAUUAAAAGUAACACCUCUAACUGCUUAACAACUUCAUAUCAGUUAUCUGAAGGGAUGAUUAAGCUAUCAUGAGGUAGUUUCUCAAUCCACCCAGAGGUUUUAGGGACACAACCAUCAUCUUGCCCCUAGGAUGUCCAAGUGAUUUUGCUAUGAAGAUGUAUUUGGAAUGAAUGUAUCCUGUGGUGCAACAGAGAUGUAGCAAACACUGUGAAGCCUCUAUUAAAGGUGACAUAGAUAAAUUAUGUAAGGUAACGUUCCCAUUUGUUGUUCACGUUCUAUCACUGACAGUGCUUCAUCAGGUCGUGAACAGAUUGAAAGGCAGUUUGUUUAUAUUAGUUUCCAUUGCAACUGGUGAAGAAUUGUGUAACUGAAUGUUAGCAAUACUUUUGUUCAUAAUAAUGAUACACAGCCAGCUUCUGAACUCCACUGGUACAGCACUGUCACACCAAAUCAGUCCAAAAAGUUUUGAGACUAAGUUAAUAAAAAAUAGAGAAAUGUUAAGGUGGUAGUUUAAAUGCUUCAGGUAUUCUACAUGGCCUUCCUCCACUCAAGGAUAAUGCACAGAAUGGUCAUAUAAACUUGUGUGAAACAGUCAGAAAGGUCCUUCUUUGGGAUGUUGUUUAAGUCAUAUCACAUUGGUGUGAAUGUAGGUUGCAGCACUUGACCCUUCAUUGAAUUUCUAUAUUUUGCCACUUUGUGGUAAGUCCAUAUUGAUAACACCAACUCUCAUCAUUCAUGAUGAUUUUUUCCAGAAAAGAAUUGUCUGUGUCUUGCAUUUCAAUCAAAUGAAGGCAUGCAGCCAUGUGUCAUCAGUUUUUUUUGGGAGUCAGUGUGUGGGACAACUUUGCACACUCUUUUCUGUCCUUCAAAACAGUCUUGAAAAUGUCUUAAAAACUUUCCCCAUUACAAUUUGUGAUGCAACAACACUGACUGACUGUGACCAAGUGUGCACUACUUAAUGCUGCAUGCUCAUGACUGACUGAUCAAAUGCACAUCUGUUAUUUACGGUUGUUAGUUCAAGUUGUCAGUGUAGUUACUGCAUUGAUGAUGCUUAUACACAAGGAAUAAAAUCUGUCUCAGAACUUUUUGGGCAGGUGCUGUAGAUAUCAUCAACUGGUCUUACGUGGAAAGGAAGUAGGUUUGAAAACUACUUUUUUUCCAUGUAAGUCCAGUUGACGAUAUCCUUGUUGAACCUGGAGGCCAAUACAUCAAAUUGUAACUAUGUUUUAAAUCAGAAAAGCAACCAAGGUAUGACUGUAUUAAGGUGAGUAAUCCUCUUUGAAAAGGAAAUCAAGUUUUUUCUUUCCUACUCUCAUUUCUUCAGAUAAAGUAGAUGUGCGAAGAACUUCCUCUUGUGUGUGUGUAUACACAACCCUAAAACACCUGAAAUAGGUUAUUUGCCAUAAAGUUUCCUGAAGUUCAUAAUGUAAAAAAGUAUUGUUAACCAACUUGAAGAAUUCUGUACUGUAGUUUUCUUCUGGCAAUUGCAAAAGAAAUUGCCUCUGAUAUAGAGUUGGAAAAGAGCUGAUGCAGUCACGAAUAUGCUGUCAAUCCCUUCAAUAAACUGUCAGGUAGUGAGUAGUAAGUUUAGAGCACAGGUUGAGUUUGAGAUGAAUAUAUGCCUUUGUGGUAUCUGUUCAGUAGUAGAUGAUGAUACAGCUGUGUUAAAUAGACAUCUUAAUACUGUUCUUUUUCUGAUGCUGUUUCUUUGAAAUUUGCAUAGCUCAUUUUCAAUAUGGAUGCUCUUGGGACUUUUAUGAUACCUGGUGACUAUCAAUUGAUAUUUCAUUUGCCACAUACAGUAUUUUGAAAAUCCAUUUCUUUACAUUUUAAGUUUCUCUGAAAGUGUUAAUUAUCUUAUGAAACCAGAUGUACAGAAAUGCAGGAGUAGGAGAAAUGCCCUUAUCUAUAUCACGAAGUGUGAUGCACAACCAAUAUGUAAUGUUAAUGAGUCAGCAUUAUCGUUCAAUGUCAGAUUAAGGCGAUGGGCCGAACGUACGGAAUAUAUCGAUUAUACAGAUUCAUUUCUUGUUAACAAUUGGUCCCGUGUACGUUUUAUUGAGAAGUAUUUUGAAUCCUUUCAGAACAAGAAGUGUGUUGCACGUUGCCUAACCGAGUGCCAUCUCACGUACAAUGGUUGGGCGGGCCGCGUGGUCCGCUGGUAUAAUGAGGCCUUUCGGUCCAAAAUGGUACGUAAGAAGCAAUUGUAUUUGUAUGGAGGCACGAAUAUUGGCAAAUCCACCUUAGUUGAAAAAGUGCUGUCUCGCAAGCAACAUGUUUAUAUGCCAUUUUGUUCCGAAUUCGGAUUUGGCGGGUAUGAUGGACAUAUACAUCAUGUUAUACUGUUCGAAGAAUUUGAUUGGCUUCAUUGGCGUCCAUUUGCUUCUAUUUUGAAACGAAUUGUUGAAGGUCGCCCUGUCACUGUCAAUGUGAAAAACAAGCCUGGAAUGACUAUUAAACAUAGGGGACUUGUCUAUUUGUGUCAAAUGAAUUUAAUGUCGGUGAUGAAGCAUUGAUUUCACGAUUACAUGUAGUGCAUGCCGAUUGCCAUAUUAUUCAUUGUUUAAAUAUGAAGGAGGAGAUGGCGUCGGCCACGUCGGACGUGGAAGCCGAGGCGGAGACCAUUUGCAUAUCGUCGGAUGAAGAUGACGAACCGGUUUCGCCGUGCACGUCCGAGGCGAUGGAUUCGCCGACGGAACACUCUGACUAGGCCGUAUUUUGGACGAAUGUGCAAGUGGCGUACUGAAUAUACACAAGUGGACGCAGCUAGAUUCGAAUAUGGAAAAAUGGCAACUAUUGAAAAAUAUGACGAGAAUGCCCAAAAUUUCACUACUUUUAAGCACUAUGACAUAACCGAUGAGUUUAAGUUUUUUGCUAACAAAUAUAAUGCUGUCAUUAUUAAUAAAAUCGUGACAUAUGUAUAUAGAAUUAAUGUAAGGGUAGAGCGACUAACACUAGAUGACAGAGCUAAUAAAAAAUUCUAUGAAGAUCAGGGCGCAUUAGAAAAAGUUAGAAUAGCUUGUACUAAUAAAUUGGGGCCAUUUAGCUUGAAACCCGACAAAUCGUCUGGUGUACCAUGGAGAAAGUAUAGUAGGCGUAAUGCAUUUAAGUUUGUAACAUAUUGUAAACCAGAAACCAGUGCCGAAAUUGGAAAAGUAAAAUCAUGGGUAGAUUUAGAAAAUCAAUGUAAAUGUAAAAACAAACUAUUCCAAGGAGUAAAUCCUUUUUAUAUAGGUGUACAAGUUGCUGGCGACGAACCCGAUAAAUCGGACGUUGUACAAAGUGAAGUUAAAUAUGUAACCUUUAUUGUACGUAAUAGAGUUUAUAUGACAUUUUGUAAAAGAAAGGGAACGGUCACGUUCUGAAUAAAGAUUGU